AUGGCUCAGCCAAACCAGAAUAAUAAUAAUCAUGAUCAUAAGUUUACGAAGAUCUUCGUGGGAGGUUUAGCCUGGGAAAUAACGACAGAUGAUUUGAUAAGAUAUUUCCAGGGAUUGGGAGAGGAGGUUCUUCAUGCUAAUGUUGUCACCGGAACUUUCCCAGGAGGAAUUACAAAAUCAAGAGGCUAUGGCUUUGUUACUUUUAAAUAUGCUGACUCUGCCGCUAGAGCUUGUGAGCCUCCGUAUCCGGUUUUCUAUGGAAGAACAACCAAUAUCAAUCUGGCCUACAUUCGCGCAAAGAAUAACACUAACCAGCCUAACCAAAACGGUUGGAUAAACCAGGUGCCACUGCAUCAAUAUCAGCCAUAUUCACACUACACACAUCCAUAUUUUCCUCAACCAAACUGGUAUCCAAAUUAUGGACAAUAUUGUUUCAUGUAUAACGUCCCACACUAUCCUUACGGACCUUACCCCACCACCAGACUGCCCACUACCAUGAGCUCUCAAUAUGUUUCGGCUUACGGGAUACAACAGAAUUGGCAACAGAGCACUCCUGACGGUAUUUUUCCACCGCCGCAUAAUGGAGUUCGACUUGAAGACAUCACUGAGACCAAUCAAGAAGCAGAUGCUACGCAUAACGACGACAACAGCGAGGAGGCGGAUACAGAAACAGACAGUGAUGUUGAUGACCAGCAAAAGGGAAACGAUCAACAAGGAGAGGUCAGUGAACAAGACAAUGGCAUCAACCAAGAUGAUCGAGAGCUAGAGAUGACGAGUGGACAAGACGAUGACAUCAAGCAAGAUACAGAUGUUACAGAACAGCUUGAUAAUGGAACUGAGUUUCCACCCCAAGUCAUGCUACAUUGA